AUGUCCAUGGGAAAGCAACUGCUCGGUCGACGCCAUGUUCUCCCGGCAGUGGUGUCUACGCUGCACACCGUGCAAAUUGAGGGCACAUUCAAGACCGGCACGUACCUCGUGACUGUCGAUCAUCCCAUCAGCUCAGACGACGGAGAUCUCGAGAAAGCCUUAUACGGCAGCUUUCUUCCUGUCCCGUCUAAAGAAGCAUUUCCUCUGCCGGAUGCAAGUGAGUAUGAAGACAAGAAAAUGCCUGGAGCCGUUAUUCCAGUCAAGGAAGGCAAAAUCGUGUUAAGCGAGGGUCGAAAGAGGAUCAAACUGAAGGUGACCAGCAAGGGAGACAGACCGAUACAGGUUGGGUCUCAUUAUCACUUCAUAGAGACAAAUCCUAAAUUGGAGUUCGACAGAAGUCGAGCCUAUGGCUACCAUCUGGAUAUUGCCGCCGGCACAUCUGUUCGUUUCGAGCCUGGAGACAUGAAGACCGUCACACUCGUCGAGAUCGCUGGUCACAAGGUGAUUCGCGGCGGUAACAAUCUAGCUUCAGGUGUCGUUGACUUAUCUCGUGUUGAUGACAUUGUCGGCAAGCUGCAGCAAGCUGGUUUUGCGCAUGCUCCGGAACCCGCGGGCGACUUGAGUCAUAUCGACGCAUUCUCACUGACCCGGCCAGACUACAUCGGUAUGUUCGGACCUACAACCGGCGACAUUGUCAGACUGGGAUCGACCGACUUGUGGAUCAAGGUCGAGAAGGAUCUGACCGCCUAUGGGGACGAGUGCAAAUUCGGUGGUGGCAAGACUCUCCGUGAAGGCAUGGGACAAGCGAGCGGUCGGAAAGAUGAGGAAAUGCUCGACACCGUCAUUGUCAACGCCCUCAUUGUCGACUGGACAGGUAUUUAUAAAGCCGACAUUGGCAUCAAGGAGGGUAUGAUCUCCGGCAUCGGCAAGGCAGGUAACCCCGACGUCAUGGACGGCGUGCACCCCAACAUGAUCGUUGGCAGCGGCACAGAUGUGAUUGCUGCCGAAGGCAUGAUCCUCACAGCAGGUGGCUUCGACUCACACAUUCACCUGAUAUGUCCUCAACAAGUCUACGAAGCCGUGUCAGCCGGCAUCACGACCUUCCUCGGCGGCGGCACAGGGCCCAGCGCGGGCACCAGCGCGACAACCUGCACGCCCGGCAAAACGCUCAUGAGAGACAUGCUCAAGGCCGUUGAUCAGCUGCCCAUCAACUACGGCAUAACAGGCAAAGGCAACGACAGCUCGCCUAUCGCGCUGCGCGAGUCCUGCGAAGCCGGCGCCUGCGGCCUCAAACUGCACGAAGACUGGGGCACCACACCCGCAGCAAUCGACACAUGUCUGAGCGUGUGCGACGAGUACGACAUCCAAUGCCUGAUCCACACCGACACGCUCAACGAGUCCGGGUUCGUCGAGUCGUCCAUCGCCGCGUUCAAGAACCGCACGAUCCACACGUACCACACCGAGGGAGCCGGAGGCGGCCACGCACCGGACAUCAUCAAGGUCGUCGAGCACGAGAACGUGCUGCCGUCCUCGACCAACCCGACACGUCCGUAUACGCGCGACACCCUCGACGAGCACCUGGACAUGCUGAUGGUAUGCCACCAUCUAUCCAAGAACAUUCCCGAGGACGUGGCGUUCGCCGAAUCACGCAUCCGAGCUGAGACCAUCGCCGCCGAGGACGUGCUGCACGAUUUGGGGGCCAUCUCCAUGAUGUCGUCCGACAGCCAGGCCAUGGGCCGCUGCGGCGAGGUCAUCCUCCGUACGUGGAACACCGCCCACAAGAACAAGCAGCAGCGCGGUUUCCUGCCUGAAGACGAAGGGUCUGGCGCCGACAACUUCCGCGUCAAGCGCUACGUGAGCAAGUACACCAUCAACCCUUCCAUAGCACAGGGCAUGAGCCAUCUGAUCGGCAGCGUCGAGGUCGGCAAGAUCGCGGACCUGGCGAUCUGGAGACCCAGCAUGUUUGGCGUCAAGCCCCAGCUCGUCCUGAAAAGCGGAUUCAUCAGCCAAGCGAUGAUGGGCGAUCCGAACGCAAGUAUCCCGACGGUCGAGCCCAUCAUUUCGAGGCCCAUGUUCGCGCCGCUCGUGCCGAAAACGAGCAUCAUGUUCGUGUCCAAGGCCAGCGUGGACUCGGGCGUGAUUGAAUCGUAUGGAUUGACUAAGCGCGUCGAGCCUGUCAAGAACUGUAGAAAUGUGGGUAAGAAGGAUAUGAAGUACAAUGCCGCGAUGCCUAAGAUGAAGGUCGAUCCCGAGCGGUAUACGGUCGAGGCGGAUGGCGUGGUAUGCAAGGCCGAGCCGGCGACCGAGGUUGGGCUUGGUCAGGCAUAUUUCGUCUUCUAG